AUGUCAUUCCUCAAAAAUACUAUAACUUCUCCUCAUAUAAAGAGAUUGAUAACAACCUCUACAACUAUAAAUAAAUUGACAAUCAACAAUAGUACUAUACUAUCAACAUUUAAAACUAAAGUUAAUAAUAAUAAAAGUAAUAUUAAUCAGAACCCUACUACUACGACUACUACAACUGUUAAAUCAAAAUUAUUCAAGAUAAAUAAUGAAAAUACUUUUAGUAGAUCAUUUUAUUCACAAAGACUAAAGAUUAUUGAUCAUGGCGAUAAGAAUCCCAUGGACGAUGGUGUACAAGAAAUUGUAUACAAAGAAUUGGUUGAAAUGGGUGAUUAUGAAACUGUAAUAAAUAGAUUUGAAACAAUGGGAUAUGCAGCAAACGAAGAAUGUGUUCGAUACUAUUUCAAAUCAUUGGUAUUUUCAAAUAAAUUAGAUCGAGCACACCUAUCUUUAUCUAAAAUUAGCGAAUCUGAUAUAUUAAAGCAUAUCAAACAACUUGAAACUCCAACACAAGAUCAACCAUCAUCAUCAUCAUCAUCAUCAUCACCACCAAUUACAUUACCACCAUAUAGUAUAUCAUUUAUAUUACCAGAUGCAGUUAAAGAAAAGAUAAAUCAAAAGCCAAUGAUACCUGUCAUUAGAAUUGGUGAAUUUGGUCCAAUGAGAAUGUCAAUGGGCGAUCGUAUAUGGGGUAUUCUUUGGAUACCGGUUCUUGCGAUUGGAAUAUUCCUCUUUAUUCUAAAAGAUGAAAAUUCACCUACUGUAUCUACAUCAAGUGGUUCAAAGAAUAAAACCGUCGCAAAAGAAUACACAGACACGGCAAACAACAAAACAACUUUUGACGACAUCAAAGGAAUAGACGAGGUAAAGGCAGAGUUGAUAGAAAUUGUAGACUACCUCAAAAACCCUGAAAAGUAUGACAGAAUCGGUGCAAAGUUACCGCGUGGCAUAUUAUUAUCGGGUGAACCAGGCACUGGUAAAACUCUAUUGGCUAGAGCUAUCGCUGGUGAAGCUGGUGUUCCUUUUCUUUAUACAUCUGGAUCAAGUUUUGAUGAAAAAUAUAUUGGUGUUGGAGCAAAAAGAGUCAGAGAAUUAUUUGAUUUGGCAAGAUCACAACAACCAUGUAUUAUUUUUAUAGAUGAGAUUGAUGCAGCUGGUAGAAAUAGAAUCUCGUCUAGAUUCAAUGAGACUCUUUUGCAAUUAUUGACAGAGAUGGAUGGAUUUGCUCAAGAAAAUAAAAUUAUGGUGAUUGGUGCGACCAACUCACCGGAAAGUCUCGAUGCAGCUUUAACAAGACCAGGUAGAUUUGAUAGACAAAUUGCUGUACCAAUCCCUGAUUUUAAAGGAAGAAAAGAGAUUGUUGAAUUUUAUUUAUCAAAAGUAUCACAUGAUGAAGAUAAGAUUAAACCAGAAAAGAUUGCAAGAUCAAUACCUGGUUUUACAGGAGCAGAUAUAUCGAAUCUUAUCAACACUGCAGCAAUCAAAGCCGUGUUAAAUGGUCAAGACAAAGUUACCCUCAAAAUGAUUGAUGAAGCAAGAGACGAUAUUUUAAUGGGUAGAGAAAGGAAAUCAUCAAUUAUUAGCGAAGAGACGAAGAGAAACACUGCAUACCAUGAGGCAGGGCACGCUUUGGUAGCAGCUUUUACAGAGUCUUCAGACCCCAUACACAAGGCCACCAUUAUUCAAAGGGGACAUGCCCUUGGUAUGGUUUCACAAGUACCAGAAUCCGACCAUCAUCAAUUCACACGUAAACAAAUGAUGGCUCGACUCGCCAUUUGCCUAGCAGGUCGUGCAGCAGAAGAGGUUUUCUUUGGUCGCGAGAUGGUAACAAGUGGAGCUUCUUCAGAUUUCCAACAAGCAUCAAAACUUGCAACAGCAAUGGUCACCAAAUGGGGCAUGUCUGAUAAAUUAGGUUACACGUUUCAUCAUGAUAAAAUGUCUCAAGGUACUCUCAAUACUGUAGAUUUUGAAAUUAAAAAUUUAUUAGAUAAACAAUACGAUCAUGCGAAAACUCUUAUUAUCAAACAUAAAGAUAAAAUGCAUUUGUUGAUGAAAUUUAGAGAGAUUAAUAGUUCUUAA